AUGCGCCUCCUCCCCACCCUCAUCAGCCUGCUCCUAGCAUGGCCCAACACCGCCUCCGUAUCCGCAACCUCCCCCUACCAGCUCCAAACCCCACCCCUCGACACCCCCUGGACCAGCAAAGCGCCCUCCAACCCCUGGCCGCAAUACCCUCGCCCCCAACUCCGCCGCGAUGCCUGGAAGUCCCUCAACGGCAUCUGGAGCUACCAGCCCUCCUCCACUGCUUCCACCCCCGACACUAGCCAGUUACCCUCUCUCCCGCUGUCCAAAGAAAUCCUCGUGCCGUCGUGCAUCGAGAGCGGGAUUUCGGGGGUCAUGGAUAUGAGUUUUAGCGUUACGCAUAUGUGGUUUGGGACGACUUUUGGGGUGCCGCGGCACUGGGCGGAUCGCGGGAGGAGGGUGGUGUUGAAUUUUGAGGCGGUGGAUUAUCAGACGACGGUUUUUGUGAAUGGGGUUAAGGUGGGUGAGCAUACGGGGGGGUAUACGAGGUUUGGGGUGGAUGUGACGGACCAGUUGAAGGAGGGGGAGAAUGUUUUGCACGUCUUUGUGUUUGACCCGACGGACGACGAGAGCAUCCCGCAGGGCAAGCAGACCAAGCGGCCGUCGCACAUCUUUUACACCCCCUGCUCGGGCAUCUGGCAGAGCGUGUGGCUUGAGAGCGUGCCCAAGAACUAUAUUUCUUCGCUCGACCUCACGGCGGACAUGCACGGCGAGGUCACCGUCACAGUCCACAGCGCAACCCAAAAAUCCACCCCCAUCGAAAUCUCCCUCGCCAGCCCCCACGGCGAAGUCGUCGCCACCCAACAACAUGUCUCCGACAAAACCUUCACCUUCCAAGUCUCCUCCCCCCAACUCUGGUCCCCCGAUUCCCCCACCCUCUACAACGUCACCGUCCAGCUCGGCGACGACGAAGUCCACAGCUACACCGGCUUCCGCACCAUCGCCACCGGUCGCGUCAACGGUAUCCAACGGCCCUUGCUCAACGGCGAAUUCGUCUUUCUGUUCGGCCCGCUUGACCAGGGGUACUGGCCUGAUGGGAUUUACACCCCUCCUACCCCGGACGCGAUGGUGUAUGAUCUGAAAGUGAUCAAGGGCCUUGGUUUUAACAUGGUGCGCAAGCACAUCAAGGUGGAGCCAGAUCUCUUCUACGAGGCGUGUGACAGGCUCGGGUUGAUGGUGAUCCAGGAUAUGCCGUCGAUGCGGGUGUUUGACAAUUCGCGGGCGAGUGCGGAACAGGAGGCGGAGUUUGAGAGGCAGUUGGCGGUGGUGGUGGACGAGCAUAAGAGCUACACGUCGAUUGUGGCGUGGGUCAUUUAUAAUGAGGGCUGGGGCCAGUUUACGGAUGGGUAUGUGUUGACGGAUCGGGUUAGGGAGUGGGAUCCGACGAGGUUGGUGGAUAGUACUACGGGGUGGAAUGAUUUUGGCGCGGGGGAUUUUUCUGACAACCACCACUACGCCGAACCCCAAUGCGGCACCCCCUGGUCUUCACUCCCCUCUUCCCCCCACGACUCCCGCCGCAUCGGCUUCCAAGGCGAAUACGGCGGCAUCGGUCUCCGUCCCGCCGACGAAAACCUCUGGCCCCUCCAAGGCGCAAUCGACACAAUCAACCAGACCUACGAGCUCCACGCCACCGCCGAAUCCUACCACUACCGCGCGCACACGCUGAUGACCCUGCUGCGCGAGCAGGUCGAGAAAUAUGAGUGCAGCGGGGCGGUGUAUACCCAGACGACGGAUGUGGAGGGUGAGGUGAACGGGUUGAUGACGAUGGAUCGGAGGGUUGUGAGGGUGGAUGUGGAUGCUUGGAAGAGGGAUAUUAGGGGGGUUUAUGAGGCUGCGAGGGGGAGGGUUUAG